AUCUUGGGAGAAUGAAUGUCAUCAACUGUCAUUCCAUGGUGUAAAAACUAAAAAGUAAAAACUAAAAAAUCACAAAACAUAACCACAUAACCAAACAUCCGUACUCUCCGUGCUUUAAUAAUUUUAAGGUUGAAGAAAGCUAAAUACCUUGGAAAAUGGGAUCGCGUCAAAUCACGGAAAAAUCGCUGGUGAUGUUACGAUCAUUACCUAGGUUGUCUUUAGCCAAUAUUCGUGACAAUCCUGGAUCGAAGAAAUAUCCAAAGCGUGGUCGUGGGCAACAUUCUGGUGACAAACAUGGAGCUGGCAAUAAGGGUUCAGGUCAAAGACAAAAUUAUAUGAGGCUUGGUUAUGAAACUGGAAAUAAUCCAUUCUAUUUAAGAAUGCCACAUGAACCUUAUUAUAAAGGUCACCACCAUAAGAGAGAGUAUCCACCAAUUUCUCUACUUGAAAUACAGAAACUAAUAGAUACGAACAGAAUCGAUAUCACCCUACCUAUAGAUAUAGCGAGCAUUGCUAAAUCAGGGCUUUAUCAAUUUUUUCCUGAUCAAAAGCACUUCGGCAUAAACUUAACAGAUGCAGGUGUUGAUCUUUUUGCUGCAAAAAUAAAUAUAGAAGUCCAAUGGGCAAGUGAACCGGUUAUUGCUGCUAUAGAGAAGAAUGGUGGAGUUAUUACGACUGCAUAUUAUGACCCACACAGUCUAUUUCUACUCAAAAAUCCAAAGAAAUUUUUUGAAACAGGUCAAGCAAUACCGAGGAGAAUGAUCCCUCCACCUGAUAUCAUUGAAUAUUAUACUAGUGCUGAAACAAGAGGUUAUUUGGCUGAUCCAGAAAAGAUCUCACAAGAACGAUUAAGGUUAUCACAGAAGUAUGGAUAUGUAUUGCCAAAAUUAGAAAGUGAUCAAAAUUAUAAUAUGUUAUGUGAAAGAAAAGACCCCAGACAGAUUUUCUAUGGUUUGGAACCUGGAUGGGUUGUAAAUCUAAAAGACAAGUGUAUUUUAAAACCAAAAGAUGAAGAAUUGUUACAAUAUUAUGCAUCUUAAUUUUAUAUACUUACUACUAAUUUAGGUAUAAUUCAGAACUUUUAAUGUAAACUUAUUUCGAUUAUUCUAGUAUUCUUGUCGAUUAUAAAUACCUACAUAAACAUUACAAAUA